AUGGGCACAGAUGAAACACUCUAUCGCUCCUUGGAGCUGAGUUUGGAGGAGCUUGAAAAAGCUGAUCCAGUAGCUGCAAAGAUCUUGACUCUUUUCAGCUUCCUUCACCAUGGUGACCUGUGGUACGAUCUCUGCUACAAUGCAAUAGAUGAUACCUAUCCAACGUGGCUUCAAGAUCUGGGAAAUGAAAAGAAGUCAUUUAGACACUACUGUCCCUUAUUGGCAGAUCUAUCGUUUAUUGAGCUUAGAAUAACCACCAAUGGUUCUCGAUUCUGGGAAACACACCCCGCAAUCCAGGUGGUGGCUAGACAAAGAGCGAAGGCCAGUGAACAAGAGUACAUUCGCUGUGCAGUGUCACUUGUGGCUUCUGAAGUCCCAAGGUCCUUUGAGGCGAAUUCGUGGGACACGAUCCGUCGUCUAGGGCCCCAUGUCCGAUUGUGCUGGGACUAUGUUAAACGGGGGGCAUGGGGAUCAGACACUAACCUCACGGACCUGGAAAGUCUUGGACGUGUGUUCCGACAUAUUGGUCAUUACAGCGAAGCGUCGAUCAUCUACAGAAUGAUCGAACACGGCCUGGGUUUCCUGCCCCCCACACGGGAUAAUAACGAGUUCCUGGCUAACGUGCUCACUAAUCUUGGGCUGGUGUAUACGCGUCAACGGAAGUUCAAUCUCGCAUUAGGGGCCUAUGAUAGGUCACGGCGUCUGAUGACCAAGCUUGAUAUCCUUACACCCAUUGAAUCGAUGUCAAUUAUGUACAACGAAGCAGUGGUGUUCAUGAUGACGGAGAGGCUGAACGAAGCGGAGUCGCUCUUGCAAAAAGCCGUGACCCUUGUCUCUGAAAACACAAUACAUGGGCAUACUUGGAGGCGCAAUGAGUGGAAUGUUCUUUAUCUUCGAAUUUUGAAUGACAUGGGCGAGGUGUCCUUGCGAAAAGGCGCUGGGGAAGCGGCAUUGAAAUUCUUCCGUGACGUUUAUGAUAGUCAAAGGGCCUGGCACGAUGAACUCCAUCCAACUUUGUAUUCUAUCAAGCUGAACAUGGGAAGAGCUCUGACCAAAUUAGGACGAUUCGCUGAGGCUCGAGCCUUACUCCUCGAGGUCAUCGCAGUUUAUACUGAAUGGUGGGGAAGGCACCACCCAGAGACCAUGCGAGCCAUUGAUGAGUUGGCAUGGGCGUCCAUGGAAGAAGGCAAGGAAAAGCAGGCAGCGAAUGAAACCGCUGGCGUAGAGAUACAAAAUGCAGAGGAGCUAUGGACUGAGGUUCUGAACUUCUACCAGAGCACUGACGGAGAUGAGUCAGACACGGUGACCCGCAUUGAAGCAAAUCUGCAAUAUCUGUACUCUUUACGACAAGAGAUGACUGGUUUAAAGCGGAUUCAGUAG